CAUUACAUGGCUGGUGUGUAAUUGUUCCAAGUAAAACAAUCUUACGAGGUUACGAACAUCACAAAUUGUGUUUUUAAUUAAAUUCCACUAUUGCACUAUGCAUUACGGAAAAACUUAUGUCAGCUCACCACAAACGGGAGUUGGAUAUAACACGCCCCAUGGAAAUUCGACGCCAUUUAAUACCGAAUCAAAUGCUGAUUUUUACGUAUGUGGUGGCGAAACUCCUUUGGAAGGAAAUGACAGUGUAGUCGUCACUGCCAGUGACAACAUGCAGGCACAUAAUUAUGGGGAAUACAAAUCCGCUUUAAAGCGAAAGUAUGUUGUGGAUGCGGUUCGCCCACCACCAAUAAAGAACUGGGAUAAAAUUCCAGAGUUUAACGAAAAGGGUGGUUUGGCUAUAUUUCUGGGCCGAGAUGAAUCUUAUCCUGAUGCAUUAAAUGCCUUAAUUCACCCGUCGUCGUGUGAUUUAUGCAAUGCCAAAUUUAAUGCCCCAGUAGCUGCUAAAGAUCAUUUCGAAUCUAAAUCUCAUGAUAAGCAUUUAACAGCAUGGCUUAAUAAGAAUUAUACCGAAAAAGGCUUGGAAGCACCAGAAAUAAAAAGAUAUCACCGACAGGGGCCUGUUGGGCCAGAGGCAUUCUACUGUGAGCAUUGUGAUCUAAAGUUAACAUCAUUGACUCAUGCGGACCAACAUUAUUCCGGUAAGAGACAUAAAAUGGUUAUUAGUCAGAGAGCAAAGCCUGCUGGGGCUGGUUUCUACAAUAACGAAGGCAAAUGGGUAAGACUUUCUACAAAAGCUAAUCCAAAGAGUGCAGAUCGUCGUUUUGGUAUUGGAGAACAAUUUCAAGCUGUUGACAACAAUACUGUGACCACAACUACUACCAGCGAUGAUGCAACCAUUGCCCCAGAGGUUACGAACAACCCAUUGAACACUGCAGAGCAAACAGAAGUAAGGCCACCCAAAAUUCCUAAAGUUGAUGAAAGCGACUCAAACUUAUUUUGUGCACUAUGCCGUGUAAGUGUUACAUCUGCUCUACAAAUGACAAUGCAUUUGAGCGGAGCCAAACAUCAGAAAAAACUAAAAGCGAGUGGGGUUGAAUUAACAAAUACAGGACAUGCACCGUCAUCUACUUCAGCAGAUCUGGUAUCUAAUGCUGCAUUUAUACGCGACAAUGUUCUAAAUUCAGUUAUCAAAGAGGAUAAACCAGAUCCCACGGAUUUAUCCAUGUAUCGCACUCCUAGUGGUCAAUAUUAUUGCAAGACUUGCAAUAUAACUAUCACAAAUUUAAAUGCUCUGGAACAGCAUUUAAAAGGAAAGCGUCACCUAAAGAGCGCACUUGAAGAGAAAGCUUUAGCGGCUCUGUCGGGGCGAAAUAACAAAGGAAUAACAACAAAAUAAAGACAAAAGAAAGCAAAGAACCAUGGGAUAUGUAAUACUCAUUUAUUUAUUUAUAAUGCUAGUAAAACACUAACGUUUCAACAAUUUUAAACUCCUGAGAUUCAACAAUUUGAUUGCAGUAUUUUUAGGCGAUAUGUAUGCAUUGCAACUAACGAGUCUAUGGUAUAGAAAAACUUGCAAUAAAUCUCAAUUCAAAUCUCAAAAAUA